AUGCAAAAUCCUGUUCAAAAUCCUUUACUUAAUCCCAUACCUCGUGUUACACCAGACCAAGAUCAACUACCAUCUCCACACUCAGAUUUAAUUGAUCUAGGCCCAAUCGAUUUAGAUAUCACAGAAGACGAUAUUAAUUUAGAUUUCGACUCACUCCAAAUUCCGUCGCCUAAUGAAUCUAAUUCCGAUAAUCCUAAUAUUUCCCACGAUGAUUACUCACAGUUUCUAAAAUCAAAUUCUAAAAAAGACAUAAUUUAUAAUACUACAUUACAAGAACACAACGAACAUCUCUUGAAAACAACAAAUAAAAUAAUUCUUAUUCCAACAUCCAUAGACCUCGACGAAAGUAAUCCAUACGUAUCGGAGGUUAUCCUUAAUACAGAAAAUAAAGAUGACAUCUUGAAUAUCGAAAAAGAACUAAAUUCCUUUCUUAAAAUACACUAUGAAAAUAAAAUUGUUUAUUUACUAUUUACGAAAGUUCAUCAUUUCGACGAAAUGACAUAUCCUUCUAUAUUCGAUGCCUUGAAGAAAGUGAGGAACGACUUAUUACUAUCCUCUGAUUCAACAAACAUUUCUAUCUCUGAUUUCCGAAAUCCGUUUGAUAAAUUAUCUUAUACUAAAAUAUACAAUAUAAUUAUUCACAUAUUCCAUAAUACUAACAUCCCUGUCGAUGUAUAUCGAAAUAAAAUAAUAUAUCCAACUUUAAGUGAAAGAUCCAAAAUUUUACAUGAAAACCAUGACAUUCCUAUAGCUGGUCACUUAGGAUCUGUCAGAAUGUACAAAAGAAUUAAAGAGUCAUAUUACUGGAAAGGAAUGAGGAGCGACAUAGAAAAUUAUGUAAAGACGUGUAGAUCUUGUCAGGAAAAUAAGGCUCUUAGGAAAAUUAACAAAGCUCCUAUGGAAAUAACAACAACAUCUACAGCCCCUUUCCAAAGAAUAGCUUUGGACAUAGUCGGUCCUCUUCCUGAAUCAGGUACUGCAAAACUCAAAUUUAUUUUAACCAUACAAGAUGAUCUUACAAAAUAUUCAAUAGCUUAUCCAAUAAGGUGGUCCACAACUGCUGAAGAGACCAGCGAUUGUCUAAUACAUUUUAUCUCACUUUUUGGCAUUCCUAAAACCAUUCUCACAGACCAAGGUACUAACUUCACAGCUGAUCUUUUCAAGAGUACCUGUAAAUUUCUAAAAAUAAAACAACUCUGGUCUUCACCAUACCAUCCUCAAACUCAAGGCGCGCUAGAACGCAGCCACUCAACACUAAAAGAAUAUUUAAAAUCUUUUAUUAAUAAUAAUCAAGACAACUGGCCCACUUAUGUUUAUACUGCUAUACUCACAUAUAAUAUAACUCCUCAUACAACUACAAAAUACACGCCCUACGAACUCAUAUUUGGACAUAAGCCUUAUAUACCAAAUUCUGUAUUUGAAGAAGAACCUACUACCUAUUUGGAUUAUAUAAAAAUGUUACAACAUAAAUUAAAAUUCUCAAGGGAAAUUGCCUUGCAAAACAUUACAAAAUCUAAAGAAACGUCAAAAUCUUAUUACGAUUCACAUACCAAACCUCCUCCGCGUUAUAAACCUGGAGAUUAUGUUUAUAUUAAAAAUCACUUAAGGCUAAGAAAAGCUCUGUCUCCUAUCUGGAAGGGACCUUAUAAAAUAAUAAUGGUUAAUAAUAAUCAUACAGCGACACUUCUAAUAAAUAGGAAACAUGUAACACACCAUUUCGAUCAAAUGAAACCGGCGCUAAUACCUAAAUAA